GAGUCGAGUAAUGCUGGUAUUGGUUUCAUUUCUAGUUACGAGUUAGGUUCUGUGUACUUGCAACUCUGUGAAAUGCUGUACCUUGUGCCAAACGGGAACUAUGAGGAGCUUGUUGAUCCUUCAAUCUUCAUUCCUCGAUUCAUGAACAACUUAUUGAAAGGUGCACACAAUAGAACAAAAAAUCUCUGGGAUAAGGUCUUUGGUACGGCUACAAACAUUAUAUCUAGUAUGAAGAGAGAUUGGAUGCAGACCGGCCGGAAACCAAGUGGAAUAUGUGGAGCAGCGAUUUACAUAGCUGCACUUUCUCAUGGUAUCAUGUGCUCUAGAGCAGAUAUUGCAAAAAUUGUGCAUAUGUGUGAAGCAACAAUAACCAAAAGAUUGAAUGAGUUUGCUAAUACCGAGGCUGGAAGUUUAACUGUUGAUGAGCUUGAUAAAAUCGAAAAGAUAAGGAUUGAGCGUAAAGAAGCUUUUACCCCAAGACCAAAUUCUGACGAAGGAGUAGUGAACUGUAAACAUAAGGAUUUAAAACGUUUUGGUUAUGGAUUAUGUAAGAGCUGUCACGAGGAUUUCAUUAAAAUUUCUGGUGGAGUUGUUGGUGGGUCGGAUCCUCCUGCUUUCCAGCGAGCAGAGAAAGAGAGAAUGGAAAAAUCAGCUAGAGAAGAAAACGAGGGAGGAGUUGGUAGCGAUGAACAAGUAAAUGUAAGCAAAGGGGAAAAACAAUGUCCGGAGAAAGGCGAAGGAGAAAAAUAUGGGGGUGAAGGACAUGCUGAAUAUUCGGAUGAAUCAGGCAUCUGUUCGGACGACGAUGAUUCUGAGGUGGAUCACAUUCUUCUCGGUGAGGACGAAACGCUGUUGAAGACGAUGGCCUGGAAUUUACAAAACAGUGACUAUGUUAAGGAGCAAGCAGAAAAGGAAGCAGCUCUGAAGGCUGCUAAUUGCCCAGAAGAUGCAAGAAACCUUGUGGAAGCUUCUAAAGCAGCUGUGGCGAAAUCUAGAAAGGAAAAGCGACAAAAACGUGCUGAGGAAGAAAAGAACGCGCCUCCGCCAGCUACAGCCAUGGAAGCAGUUUGCAGAACACUUGAGAGGAAGAGACUCGGUGGGUUAAUCAACUACGAUGUUUUGGAGGAGCUCUUUGAUACUAGCCCAGCUGAGAAGUCACAGAAGAAACCGAGAACCGAGACAGUUACAGAGAAGGACAAGGAAGAGCGUGAGAUUGUUGAAGAUGAAGAAGAUGAAGAAGCACCAUACGAGAUGAACACAGAUGAGAAAUUCUAUGAAGACGAAGUGGAAGAAGAAGAGGAUGGUUAUGAUUUUGGAUUGUAUUAAUGAUACUUUUUUAUUCAUUUUUGAUUCAUAGGCUUUUUAGGAGAAGCCAAAUAAAUGUCUUUUGUCAGAUCUAUGAUCAUUUCUUCUUUCAGCUAAGUUGAAAAAUCACCCCAACAGACAAUGGUGAGAAGAAGGAAGUGUUUAGAGUAUGUAUAGUAAUGAUCUAAACUAAUAACUUCUAUAAUUUGUAGAAUAUUUCUCAACUUCAGAAAAUUAAAUAAAGUUAAUAACUGAUU